AGUAAGUGACCACUCAGUCACCUAUAAGGUCUGUUGUUUUUCUCCACGCACGUUUUGUUUGCACUUCUCCGCGUAACGAUCCAGUGCCGGAUUAUCGAGAGAGAGAUCGAGGUGAUUUGCCCCGGGUUCUCGUCUUACUGGAGAUCCAUUAGGAGUGUGUGUGUGUGUGUGUGACUGAGUCGGAAUCAGUGCUAUGGGAUUAGAAGCUGCAGAGAGAGAAACUUCUCCUGAAUGAUGGAAACUUUUCUUCACCUUCAGUCAGAGUUUCUGUUUUUAGUUCUCUGCCCAACCAUGUAUGGAUAACAGCCCCGCGAUUCUCUCCUGAGUCCGGCUGGAAUGGACGAGCGCUGACGGGAGCCGGGAACACGCAGAGCGCUGGCAGCCUGUUGAUCGCCCUAGAGUCGGGCCUCAAACAUACAUCUGCCCUCUCUCCACCGCGAACCACCGUUUGUUCCGAACACUCUACAACCAGGGCAGCUGUGUAGAAGUUUCACUUAUGACACCGCUGUGACUUUCUCUGCAGCCAAAACAAUGGCAGCCCACGACGCGCUGGCACGGGGCGUCUGCAGAUCGUUAUCGGCUCUGACUUGUGUACUUCUGGUUUUGGUUUAUUUGUCCGUGGCCUCGCCGCACCACGGCCGGCGGAUGAUUUGCUGGCAAGCCAUCCUCAACUGCCAAGCCGAGCCCGAGUGCAAUUACGCGUACGAUCACUACACCCGCGCCUGCGGUCCGGUGCUCAGCGGGCAGAGGAAGAAGUGUCCCAGCCACUGCAUCUCGUCCCUGGUGCAGCUCAACCUCACCAAAAGUGGACCGGCGCUGGAGGACUGCAGCUGCGCCCAUGACGCGGUCUGCACCGGCACCAAACGGGCCAUCGAGCCCUGUCUGCCCAGGACUACAAGUACCGGCUGCACGGAGGCGCGCCGCCAGUGCGAGAGAGACCAGCAGUGCAACUCGGCGAUGCACGACUACCUGACCCACUGCGGGAAACUUUUCAGCGGCGCGGUGUGCUCCAACGCGUGCAGGAACGUGAUCGCAAACAUGCGUAAAAUACCCAAGGGCCAGCAGCUGGAGACGUGCAUGUGCGACGGCACGGAGAGAGCCAUCUGUGAGUUUGUGAAGAGCAGCAUGAAGGCGCUGUGCUUCGACACGGCGGAGAGGUUCGAGGCCAGCGCAGACGACGGCGUGGAUCAGGAGUACGGAGAAGAUUUCUGGGAACCGGACUACAGAGAGACAGUCUCUACCGAGAGUAGCGCCUCUGCAUCGGCUGCUGGCUUCGCCCUGCUCCUGCUGACCUCCGUUCUCGUCCUCCUGCCCUCCUUUUAACCACAGUGCUCCAUAAUCUGCCCCUCGACUUUUGUCUGGAUAAAAGGCAAAUUCAACUUUUUGUCACCCGGUGACUCCCCACUCCUCUGAAGGACUGAAGGAGGAGGGCAGGGUGGAGGCACCAGCCGUGUUUUUGGAAGAUGAUUUUCUAUGCAAAGGAAAACAAAGGUGUUUUUUUGUUUGUUUGUUUUUGUUUUGUUUUUAUCAGCACACACUUAAACUCGGGCUGUUGUUUCUCUCACACACUCUCUUAUCGACAGCUCACCAGCCUUCACAUCUCCACAGGCUUUGCUUACGCGAUAAGCUGAACGGGAUUGUUGUCUUUCUCACAGCCUCGGACUGAUGAAGUGAAGGUGUCCUGAAAGAGACGACGUCUAAUCAUCACACAUGCUGUGCACUGCCGAGAAAUGUUUUUGUUUUGUUUUGAAUAAGAUGUUAGGGAUGCACGAUAAGUAUUUUUAGCCGAUAACUCCCGAUUAUCAUUCUGGUUUUUUUUCCGCUUGUUUACCAACGUCAGGUUAAAUGAUUUAGGACUGAUUGAGCAAAUGACAGAACAAAACUUAGGCAACAAAGAUAAUAUAGCAACGAUAAUAUUGUUAAUUAAGACGUUAAGGACAAAAAUAAAUACCUUCUAAAGAUGUUUUUACUGUCUUCAGCAAACUUUUUAAAUUUUUUUUUUUUAAAAAACCUGUUGAAUAAAUAAACCCACUUUUAGCUACACUUGUUUUUAACAUUCAUGCUAGCUGCUACGGCUGCGGCUUCUUCAUAAUAACUCAAUACACCUGCUUGUGAUGUUUAAGUUAAAUUUGUUGUCUUGAGGCUAGUACUUUUCUCUCAUCCCAAAAUUUUGGCUAACCCAGUUCCGUUACCAUGCAAAUCGCCUAGCGAAAAUGGCUAACAUCUUGCAUUAGCGCCAGUUAGCCAUUUAUGUUAGCUUCUACGCUAAUCACUCUGACAUCAGGAACGCACAGUUUCUCAUCGUAGCAAACCUCGAAACAUCAACUUGGGACAAUAAAUCAACUAACCAUCGGCCAGUUAUCGGAUUUAAGUUUAUCGUGCAUCCCUAAAAUAUAUGAACUGUUUUUUGUUUUUGUUUUUUUGUAUAUGAUGGGCUGCGGCCCUGGACUGGUGACAGUUUGUCAGAUAGACUGCUAUUUAAUGCUGGAGUCUGUAUCAACGUGUAAAUAGACUAGGAGUGAAAGUGAAACAGUAAUUUAUUACAGGCAACAUCAGUUACAUCCAAAUGUCCAUCAUGUGAAUAGAAGACUGAAA